CCAUCAGUGUAUGCUGUUCAUAUCAUAUCAAAUGUUUUAUUUAAGAGUAGCAUUACAAAGUUGAUGAAAGAGAGGAGACGGAGUGGAAUAAAAAGAAAUGCACACGUGUUCCGUGCAUGUUUGCUCAGCCUGCAGCAUCGAGAUGACGGGCAUGAGAACGCCUAGUCAUUGUUUAAACACCAUAAUUCACAGUGUGAUUAGGGGCUAUUGUUCUUCCUCCUGUAGAUACUCAUGUUAAUUAAUUUGCAUAGCAUUAGUGUAUUACAGUUAUCUCAAAGAGGGCUCGCACACUGUUCAUCUUUAAAAGCAAAAUUAAGACUGCAGUAAAAAAAAAUUUUUUAAUAAUUUCUUUCCUUUAAUCCACAGCAAACUGCAGGAGAAAGUAUAACAACAUUUAAGACACCGUUAGUCAGUGCACCUAACCUACAAUGGCAUCAUCAGUUAUGAUUACAAACCUCACACAGGAGUGGGUUGAGAGUCUGCAGAGGUGGCACCUAGAGUUUUUUUUCAUUCCUACUGCAUUUAUCACCAUUGCCACCUUGCUGGCCAACCCCGUUCUCCUGACGUGCAUCUUUCUGACCCGGGCCUUGCGUCAGGAGACGCGUUACCUGCUCGUGGCCAACACCUUGGCAGCAGAUGUACUCUUCCUCAUCCUCAAUCUGGUCACCUUGCUGUGUAAUGCUGUGAGAGUGCAGUUCCCCUGGAUCGUGUGUGAGGUGGUCACGGCCGUCACUGUCACGGCUUACUGCUGUGCCAUCCUCACAAUCACCCUCAUGGUGGUCGACACCUACGUUGCUGUCCGCUGGCCCCUCCAUUACCACGACCUUCUUCCUCCUCCCCGCACCCACUGCAUACUGGUGGGGGUGUGGAUGCUGGCAGCUGCGUGUCCAUUCAUCCUGGUGGUCAUGAUAGAGGAGAGAGAAAAUCCCCAUGUGAAGUUGCCUGUCUGCCUGGUUCUCGUCAACCUCGGGCUCCUUCAGCUUGAGAACAUGAUGAGGGUCCACAUCUACUUCUUAAUUGCUGCACUCAUCUGUGCCAUUCUCAUUUUAUACUGCUACAUUCGACUCUACAUGGUAACAAGGACUCAGGGCAUCUGGCAGAGCCGCUUCUCCAGGGCCCGGGUCACCCUGCUGGCUCAUGGGGUUCUGCUCCUGCUCUAUUUUGCCCCUGGCUUUGUUUUCACCCUGGAACUCUUCCUGUUCCAGAGGAAAGACAUAAGUCAAGAUGCCCGUGUGUGGAUCAGCACAGUGAAUAUGUGUGUUUUUAUGUUGCUGCCCAGGGCGUUUGCUCCGUACCUCUAUGGGCUGAGGUACAGGGAGAUCUCCAAUACUCUAAUGCAGCUGCUGCAUCGACACUGGAGGGUCAACCAGACAACAGUAUCAUGAAUGCCUCAUCAGAACAUUUUUUUUUAAAUCCUCCAUGGUAUCACUUUUAGAUAAGUUUUAUAAGUAUAUAAGGAGUUAUUUUUUGGCCUGCCAAGUAUAUUUGCAGAAUUUUU